ACCACCACCAUCACCUCUCUUGGUGUGCGCCGUGCCCCACGUCUUUACGCCUCCCAAAAAUCCCCUGUCGCUCUUUGCCCCACCAACCACUCGUUGAAUUUAUACCAGGAUGAAGGCUACUUCUUUUGGCGCUCUUGCUGCUGUGGCCGUGCUCCAAGCCUCUCUGGCUGUUGCGCAGACCUCGCUCUAUGUACCCGGCUUCGACCCGCAAGCCCUCAGCGUCCAAGUCGAGGGUGUCGACGCCCAGGGCCGCACGACGUACCUCAUCGGCCCCGGCGCGGCCAGCGGGACGUUUGACGCAGACGACGGCCUUAUUGGCACCGCGACGCUCGUCGCGGACGCCACCGAGGCGCACAUCGUCUACGUCGACACCCUGGCCUCCCUGUCUGUCUCGGAGGACUGCCAGGUCGCGAACGGACAGGCGGUCUGCUCCGGGGUCGUGUCCGCGGAGGGCGCCGUGCAGACGGUUGUCGUAACCGAGAGCGCGACCCCGUUCGCGGUGCAGGUCGGCAGCGCGACCGCGGUCCCGAGCGCGGGCAGCGGCGUCGCCUCGGGCAGCACCCCGACGGCGACGGCGGGCUCAGGCGCGUCGAGCGGUGUGUCGGCGACGUCGAGCGCGGCCCCGACGACGUCCUCCGGCGCUGGGAACGGUGUCGGGAAGACGGGCGCGUCGAUGGUGGGCGCGUUGGGCGUUGCUGGCUUGCUUUCUGCUUUCUUCCUCUAAGGGCAUCUGUUAAGUUUCGGGUUUUGCCGUGGUAGUCACGUUUGAAGGGCUUCUAGGAUGGAUUACGUUACCUGCUUGCUUUCCUAGUUCAUUGGGUCUAUUGAUGGUUAACGUUUGUGUCUACCAUUCGAUCGACUUCAAACGAUCUCUUUGCCCGAGAAACUGC